CUAGAUCCGUCCUUGCGUACGUUGUCGCUAGACGUUAUUUUAUUCACACCAAAUAACAUUUCUGCCUAUUGUUUAGUGUUACAGAUAGGUCCAGUAAUCCUAUUAUAACUUUCAGUUUGCUCAAAAAUUUUGGCCAGGAUUCGCCCCUGAUCAAAUAGCUGUCCCUCCAAUGUGUUUAUGCGAAGAGGAAAUGAAUAGAAGAGAAAGAUGAGGAAAUGAUUGAAGCACCCUUAAGAAAUAUGAUUCAAAAUUCCAAACAGCUUCGAGAGAUCAAGUCCAAGAAACGAAGCAAGAAGAGGAGGAGGAGGAAAUCUUUAUUUGAAACAAUACAUGCCUUGAGAAGCAGUAAUGUUGUCUGCCACACACAUAAUCAAAGGAGUUCCUCCAAAAACAGAAGAUGUGUUUAAUUGUUUAGAAAAGUAUGUAGUUUUAGAAAAAUAUUCCAUACCUAACAAAUUAAGAAAGAUUGUUAUCAAUAAUAUAAAGAAGUGGAAUUCGAUUACGGAAGGAGAGGCAGUUUUGGUGGAUUGUAUUAGGAAAAUCAUGAAUUAUGGCAUCCACCCCAACUCAUAUAGUAUGUACUUUGAUUUUUUAUUAUACUGUGAAGAAAUUCAAUUAGAAGAGGAUAUUAAAAAGUACAGUAUGGCCAAUUCAACUAUGACAUACCUUCAAGAAGAUGAAGUAUUUUUACUUGAGGUGCCUGGUUUAAUGGAAAAUAAACCUUCUAUUCUGAAAGGAGAUUCUAUAUAUGUAAGAUUAAAUAAUAAUUCCCAGAACCCAAUUACUGAGUAUGAAGGACGUGUUCAUAAAAUAAAUCAGAAUUCAUUGGUAUUAGGAUUUUCAAAGGAAUUAUUUGAAACAUUUAUGGAUGGAAUGAGAUUUGAUAUCAGAUUUUCAUUUAAUAACAAUAAUUUUAAAUUGAUGCAUCGUGCAUUGAAAAUAUAUAAUCAAGUCGAUAUUAUUCCAUUAUUAUUUCCAACUUCAGAAACUUCUGCUAAGCAUCAGUUGCAAUCUGUGAAAAAAUUUGUCUUUUUUAAUAAAGACAUAGAAAGUAAUCCCGAACAAGCAACUGCAGUAGAACAGAUUGUUCUUGGAAGUUCGUAUCCUGCUCCAUAUUUGCUCUUUGGCCCUCCUGGAACUGGAAAAACAGUUACACUUGUAGAAGCCAUUAAACAGUUAUGGAAACUGGAUGAUGAUACAAAGAUUCUAGUCUGUGCACCUUCAAAUAGUGCAGCCGAUCUGAUUACAGAAAGGAUAAUAAAACAUGUUCCACUGCGCCAAGUUUUUCGGAUGUAUGCAUUCUCACGAUCUUUGAAGUUUAUUCCUGAGAAAAUUAAAAAAUGUAGUAACGUUCAUUCUUCAUCUCGGAUGAUUUUUUAUCCUUCCCGUAUACUUUUAAUGCAAUAUCGUAUUAUAGUGACUACACUUGUCACAGCAGGAAGAAUAGUAUCUGCUGCUUUUCCCUGCAAUCAUUUCACUCACAUAUUUAUCGACGAAGCUGGAAAUUCUUAUGAACCGGAAACGAUUAUUCCAAUAUCCGGUUUAUUACAGAGUUCAAUUGAUAAUCCUAAAGGCGGUCAUCUGAUUCUUGCAGGAGAUCCAAAACAGUUAGGUCCUAUUGUGAGAUCAAAAUUAGCCACUAAAUAUGGUUUGGGUUUGUCACUUUUGGAACGCCUGAUGAAUAUAGAACAAGUGUAUGGACGUAAAGAAAAUGUGUACAACAAACAAGUACUUACAAAAUUAUUAAAAAAUUAUCGAAGUCAUCCAUCCAUAUUGAAACUUCCAAAUGAGUUGUUUUACGACAACGAAUUGCAGGCAUGUGCAGACAAAACUGUGUGCGAUUUAUUCUGCAAUUGGACGUAUUUACCAUCAAAAGGUUUCCCAAUUAUAUUUCAUGGUGUCAUCAGUCAAGAUAAGAGAGAGCCAAACAGUCCGUCGUAUUUUAAUCCCGAAGAAAUUUCAGUUGUUAUGGAUUACAUUGAAAAGUUACUCGAGUCUACAGGAGAUCUUAAUUUGUCUCCAAAAGAUAUAGGAAUUAUAUCACCUUAUAGGAAACAGGUUGAUAAAAUAAGAAACGAAUUGAAAUUAACUAAAAACUGCAAUGACAUUUCUGUUGGAUCCGUGGAAGAAUUUCAAGGGCAAGAAAGGAAAGUAAUCAUUAUUUCGACUGUCCGCAGCAAUACUGAUCUUCUCGCCAUAGAUGAUAAAUUUAAACUUGGAUUUCUGAGAGAACCUAAAAGAUUUAAUGUAGCAGUAACAAGAGCAAAAGCAUUAUUAAUAAUAGUCGGUAACCCUUUCAUCUUAUCAAAAGAUAAGAAUUGGAACAGGCUAUUGGAAUAUUGUUGUGACAAUAAAAGCUAUUGUGGUGUCCCUUAUGUCUGCAAUACCAACAAUGAAAUUGGUGAUCUUAAGGAAAGGAUGUCAUACUUUGGAAUUGUUGAAGUGGAGAAAAGUGAAGAGGAAGAAAUUAAUGAGGAAGAAGAAGAAAAAUAAAUAUUAAUAAAGAAUCUUUACAAGAUGCAAAAUAGAAAAAUGAUUUGUAAUAUUUUUGUAAUAUGUGUACAUAUUUGAAUAUAUAUUGUUGGUUUACUCCACUACCUCACUGUUGAGAUGUAUUGAUCUUUUUUAAUUUUUUACUGGUGCAAAUCUUGUAUACUUUUUAUACCGUAUAUACUCGUUUUUAUACAAAUAUAUUUAAAAAAAAAUUUAUUAAUUAAAAAUUUCGUAUUGUCUUAUCACAGGAGUGGGAAUACAAUUUGCAAAUCAGAUAUUGAUGAUUUUUUGUCACGACUGUCGCCAUGUUGUCGCUGAGGAUUACUACAGUCACCCCAAAAAACUUAUGUUUUAGCCCAUUUCUUUAUUCGUCAGUAUAGACUUUAAGUAUGGAGGCGG